AUGGCCGGCACAGCGCCACUCGGAGUGCUACCAACUCCUAGUGCCUGCUCAGCUGCAAAUACGCUUGGCGCUAAGCCAGCCGGGCAAUGGUGGACGAGGUGCCCUGUAAAUCUGCCAGCAGCUCAUGAGACCCUGGGCAUCAAACAUCGAAAACCGUCAACUCGCAACAAUGCUGCUCUUGAGUGCUACAAGCUAUUGUCUAAGAUUCUACACUUUCACUGCUCUCAAAGGCUACCAGCAUAUGACUCGGCGUCUGUUGUGGCCCGCAUCAAGUUCUGGGUGUACGAGUGCGAGUACGCGUAUCUCGAUGCUCACACUUGCGAGAUUCGUGGCAUCUGA